CUGGGUGGGGCUGAUUUGAGGACGCCUCUAGUGGGCCCCCCAGGAUGCGUCACUCGCCUCAGGCACAUCAAACUCCACCCGAGCCUCACGAACGUCCUUACUUCCUCUCUUCCUGGUAGCAGCCUUGCAGUCCCGAGCUCGGGGGACCUCACGUCUAGCCUGGAACCGAGGGUGCCGCGCCGCGGCGGACCUGCCCGCGUAACGUCGCUCGCUUCCCAUUCGCUCUCCUGCGCCGCUGACUUUAAAUCUGACCCCAGGACCUGGUCGGCGAAGUCGGGCCUCACGACACCACCGCCGGAGUUGGAAAGCGAAACCGCUCUGCUCUGCGAGCGGCACCGCCCGCGUCCGCCCCUGGGGCCGCGCGUAAGUUUCGAUUCUCCGCGAAGCCAAGUCCCGUGCAGCGGCCGGAGCAGCGGCAGCCAUAGCGCGCCAUGACGGAUCCCGAGGUAUUCUGUUUCAUCACCAAGAUCCUGUGCGCUCACGGGGGCCGCAUGACCCUGGAGGAACUGCUGGGUGAGAUCAGCCUCCCCGAGGCGCAACUCUACGAGCUGCUGAAGGCAGCGGGGCCCGAUCGCUUUGUGCUAUUGGAGACUGGAGACCAGGCCGGGAUCACUCGGUCGGUGGUGGCUACUACUCGAGCCCGCGUCUGCCGUCGCAAGUACUGCCAGAGACCCUGCGACAGCCUGCACCUUUGCAAGCUUAAUCUGCUCGGCCGGUGCCAUUACGCACAGUCCCAGCGGAACCUCUGCAAAUAUUCUCACGAUGUUCUCUCAGAACAGAACUUCCAGGUCCUGAAGAAUCAUGAGCUCUCCGGGCUUAACCAAGAGGAGCUGGCGGUCCUCCUGGUCCAAAGCGACCCUUUCUUCAUGCCUGAGAUAUGCAAGAGUUACAAAGGAGAGGGCCGCAAACAGAUCUGCGGGCAGCCGCAGCCCUGCGAGAGACUCCACAUCUGUGAGCACUUCACCCGGGGCAACUGCAGUUACCUCAAUUGUCUCAGGUCUCAUAACCUGAUGGACAGGAAGGUGUUGGCCAUCAUGAGGGAGCAUGGACUGAGUUCUGACGUGGUCCAGAACAUCCAGGAUAUCUGCAACAACAAACACACUCGGAGGAACCUCCCUGGCAUGAGAGCUCCCCACCCACAUCGCAGAGGCGGGGCGCACAGAGACAGAAGCAAAAGCAGAGACCGCUUCCAUCACAACAGUCAAGAGUUUCUCUCAACGGUCUCACCUCUGGGAUCUGGUCCCCCUAGCCCAGAUGUCACCGGCUGUAAGGAUUCCCUGGAGGAUGUGUCUGCAGAUGUCACCCAGAAGUUCAAGUACCUGGGGACUCAGGACCGGGCACAGCUUUCCUCCGUCUCACCUAAGGCCGCUGGUGUCCGAGGACCCGGUCAGAUGAGAGCAAGCCAGGAGUUUUUUUCGGAGGAUGGGGAUCCAGAUGGCUUGUUUUCUAGGGAUUGUUCUGAUUCGUCCUCAAGCCGAACCUCUGCGGCUGGCUUUCCUCUCGAUGCAGCACAAAGAAAUGAAGCCGGGGCCAUGAAAAUGGGCAUGCCUUCUGGACACCACGUCGAGGUCAAGGGCACGAACGAGGACAUUGAUCGCGUCCCGUUUUUAAAUAGUUAUAUUGAUGGGGUAACAAUGGAAGAAGCAACAGUCUCAGGAAUUCUAGGUAAAAGGGCCACAGACAACGGUCUGGAAGAAAUGAUACUACCUAGCAACCAUCAGAAGAGUGUGGCUAAGACCCAGGAUCCCCAGGCCGCUGGCAGAAUCACUGACAGUGGCCAAGACACGGCAUUCCUGCAUAGUAAAUAUGGAGAAAACCCAGCGUGGCCAGGUACAUCUACCCAUAAUGGCCCAAAUGGCUUUAGUCAAAUUAUGGAUGAAACGCCUAAUGUCUCUAAAAGUAGUCCCACUGGUUUUGGCAUAAAAUCAGCAGUCACUGGAGGAAAAGAAGCAGUCUAUUCUGGAGUUCAGAGUCUGAGAAGCCAUGUCCUGGCUAUGCCUGGGGAGACCACUACCGCUGUACAGGGCAGCAACAGGCUGCCUCCGUCACCUCUGUCUUCUUCCACAAGCCACAGAGUUGCAGCCUCUGGGAGUCCUGGCAAGAACUCUGCCCAUGCCUCUAUGAGCCCAGCCAGUGAGCCCUCGAGGAUGAUGAUGAUGUCAGACCCUGCUGAGUAUUCCCUAGACUACAUCGUAAAUCCUGUAUCUCCUAGGAUGGAUGAUCAUGGCCCGAAGGAAAUCUGUCUGGAUCAUCUGUAUAGGGGCUGUCAACAGGGCAACUGCAACAAGAACCACUUCCAUCUGCCCUACCGGUGGCAGCUGUUCAUAUUGCCCACUUGGAUGGACUUCCAGGACAUGGAGUAUAUCGAGCGGGCCUAUUGUGAUCCCCGAAUUGAAAUCAUUGUGAUAGAAAAACAUCGGAUCAAUUUCAAGAAAAUGACUUGUGAUUCCUACCCCAUCCGUCGCCUCUCCACUCCUUCAUUUGUCGAAAACACACUUAGUUCUGUCUUCACCACCAAGUGGCUUUGGUAUUGGAGGAAUGAAUUGAAUGAAUAUACUCAGUAUGGGGAGGAGAGCCCAGGCCAUACCAGCUCCGAAAUUAACUCCGCAUACCUGGAGUCAUUCUUCCACUCCUGUCCCAGGGGAGUUUUGCAGUUCCACGCUGGUUCACAGAAUUAUGAGUUAAGCUUUCAAGGGAUGAUUCAGACGAAUGUAGCUUCCAAGACUCAAAGGCAUGUUGUCAGAAGGCCAGUAUUCGUGUCUCCAAAGGAUGUGGAGCAGAAGAGAAGAGGUCCAGACCAUCAGCCAGUGAUGCCCCAGGCAGAUGCUCUGACCCUGUAUUCUCCUCCCCAGAGGAAUGCUAGCACUGUUUCUCCUGACGAAUAUGAGUUUAUAGAACUCAAUAGCCAGGAUGAGGAGUAUGCCAAAAUAAGUGAACGGUUUAAAGCAUCCAUGAAACAAUUCAAGAUUGUGACGAUAAAGAGGAUAUGGAACCAGAAGCUCUGGGACACUUUUGAGAGCAAGAAGCAAAAGAUGAAAAACAAGACUGAGAUGUUCCUAUUUCACGCGGCGGGCCGGAUUCAUAUGGAUUACAUCUGUAAGAAUAAUUUCGAGUGGAUCCUACAUGGAAAUCGGGAGACCAGAUAUGGAAAAGGAAAUUAUUUUACAAAAGAAGCCAUCUAUUCCCACAGGAGUUCAUAUGAUUCCAGAGGCACUGUCAUGUUUGUAGCCCGAGUCCUGGUUGGAAGUGUCAUUGAAGGAAAUAUGACAUUAAGUAGCCCUCCCGCGCUCUAUGACAGCUGUGUGGACACCAGGCUGAAUCCCUCCGUCUUUGUCAUUUUCCGGAAAGAACAAAUUUACCCAGAGUAUGUGAUUGAGUAUGUGGAGUCAGAGAAAGAGAAAGGAUGCAUAAUUAGUUAGAAAGAGUGUAUACCGUGCUGAAACCAUUCUGUUGCUAUUUAGGACCAAAACAUUUUCAGACAGUAGGUAGGCUUUUACAUUCCCUUGCUCCGUUACCUAACGACUUAAACCAGUUCCUUGCUUCCCCAAUCCCUACACAUUGUUCCUAAGUCUGAUUUUACCUCCCCAAUACCAGCCAAUAUCAGGUGUUCUUAUAAUCCUUGGCGCCUUUGCAUCUAAUUCAUUGGUUCUGGACGAACUAUUCUGUCAGUUUUUACCACCUAGUAGGCAAUAUCUGUUUUGUCUAAUAUUCAAAGUGCAAUUCGGGUAUAGAUUAUCCACACAAUUUCAUUAAUUGAAAAAUAUCAAAUUUACUAUUAUAAUGUAAGAGAGAAAUAUAAGGUCAUAACUUCGGCACGACUUUAAGUACUAAGCCAUAAUGGAGUCGUCAGAUGCCUCCGCUUACCGUGAACCAGUAUGAGCUUGGAAGAAAGGAAUUGGAAGAACAUGAAAAAGCAGGGACAUGUGUAGACAUUAGUGAAAACUAACAAUACACGUUAUUUGCAAAUGUCAGCAAUUAUCUGUACAUGGUAAGAACGAAAAAUACCUUCAUUGAAAUAAAGCUACAGCACAAGAGAACUUACAGAUUGUGAAACAGCGAGAAUGGAGAGCUACAUUCUUGCAGACGAGCUGUAGGUCGUACACGAAUGUCUAAAGAGACAUUCAAAACUCGAAUAGGGUGCAGAGUAAUUUCUUACUGUGAGGAACUGCCCAAUGUAUGGAAAGAUGCAUAGUUGGCUCUCACAUGCUAAAUGCCAGUAGCACCCUCCUUUGCUUGAAGUCAUGACAACCACAGACCCUACUAGACCUGUUCAUCCUUUUAAAGGUAGAUCUUUUAUAACAUCCUUUGCCACCUUGAGAUGAUUUAUAGGUAAUAUAAUCUACAUUUGAGUUUAUUCAGACUUAAUUUAGUGCCCUACUUGUGUUAUAAUGGAAACUUAGAAGGUCAGAACUCUGUAAUGGACAUAAACUGUUAAGUACUCAGGCAUGACUACGCUAUCAGCUACGAAACAUGUUAACUCUCACUAGGAAUAGGUUUGGCUUAAGAGUCCAGCAGGGGCAACUUCCUGAGAUGAAUGAAGUACAGGAAAAUGAAAGAUUAGAGGGAUGUGUGACGGAAUGCAGUAUUAGGGUUCACCAUAGCAGACUCCGCUUUAUCUGUCUAUGGUGAAGGAUAGGGCGCAAUCACUUUAAUUGAAAUGAUAGAUAAAUAAGACAGGACAAAUUACAGUCUGUCUCAGAGGAAUCCAAGGAUUCUUUCUCAGACAAGUUGUAGGUCCUGAAUACAUGUCCACCAGGACAUUAGACAGUCGUAAAGAUGCAGAACGAACAGUCUGUGUGUGGGACUGACCCAUCCACACACGGCAGGGCACUUGUUCUGCCUCAGGCUGCAUCUACUCAGUGCCGUUAAUAAACUUUAGAUACAAAGCCAACAACCACCAUUCUCCAGUAUACUACAGUGGGAAUCACUGAUCUAGUUAACGGCAACACUCUUGGAUCAAUUCAAUUGUUAUUUCUACUCUUUUACAACAGAAUAAGCCAGAUCCUUGCCUCUCAAGCCCCCAGUUUUUAAAAAUGAGGUGUUCCUUGAUUUAUAAUCCUUCUUGUUUAUGCUGUGUUCUUUGAUUUAUAAUCCUUGUUUGCUCAAUAAAAAGAAAAAAUAAUUUGAUUCAUUUGCCUUCA